UUUGUUUUUUAAUAAAAAUAUAAAAAUUCUAAACAAUAAAUUUUCUUUUGAAAUAUUUAUUCAAAUUAGGUAGCUACGUUGGUAAUGCAUGAUAUGAUUGGCAAAGAAAAUGAUCAACAAAAAAUACACACAUUGGUGAAGUACAAAACAUUUCAUAUUAAUAAUUAGGUUUACUACAGAUUACAGGGAAUAGUCCCUACCACACAACCAACUCAGAGCUGUAUUUAUAAUUGUAUGAAAAGGAAGAGAAAUGCAAGAAAUUAAAAAAAGAAAUAUACGUGACGGAAACGAUCUAUCAGAGAAAAAUAAAGAACAGCUAGUAGAAAAUGAUAAAAUUAUAAGAGACCCUGGCCAACCAUCUUGUAAAAAAAACUUAUCUCUUAGAGUGUUUUCUCGAAUGGUAGUUAUUUCCUCACUAUUGAUUGUAGUUUAUUUUUCAACUAAAGAAGAAAAAAUAAAAAUAUUUGCUCGCCAAACUGAUAUAUUAGUGGGAAAAGGCGAAAUACUUGAAUGCUCCUCAGAAUACCUUAAGGAUGUAGACAAAUAUGAAGGAUGUUUCCCCAAAGAAUGUAAAAGAUUUGUAACUGACAAAGUUAUAUCAAUCAGAGAAACUGAAGAAUUGUUAACAAUAGCACAGAAAGAAUUACAACUCAAAAGCUCUACCGAAGGAAUCACCACUGUUGAAUUUUCAAACAAUCUAAAUGUUUAUCAGAUAACGAAAGAGAAAAUUAAAUAUGCUAUAGUACAUCAUUUUGGAGUUGAACCAAGUAAAAUUUAUAUGGCUCGUCCAGCUUUACUCUCUGCAAUCAAACCAAUUUCUCAUAAAAAGACCUCAACAACUUUUAAUAAUUAUUGGGAUCCCCGUACUGAUAAUGAUCUCCACAAAUCUUUUCACUACACAGCUGUACUCUACUUGGGUGAUUAUGAUAAAGAUUUCAGAGGAGGUCGCUUCGUUUUUGUUGAUAAAAAAGCAAAUAAAACUAUCGAGCCUCGGAAAAGUCGUCUUAGUAUGUUUACAAGUGGGAGCGAAAACCGAUAUUAUAUUGAAAGGGUAACUUCUGGCAUUAAAUACUCAUUGACAUUCUAUUUUACGUGUGAUAAACAAUUUAAUGUAUAAAAUUCCAGUAAAAGCAAAUAAGCAACUAAAAUUUUAUUUU